GGAAGAUCAUUUACCCAGUAAUGAUUUAGGUACCGGAGCUAACGAAGUUCUGGGAAGAUCAUCUCAAACAGAAAGUUUGUUACAACACCGACAUAUCGUACGUGCGCAUGCAUUAUCGCUAGUCCGAAAAUCUACGCGUCUCCAACAAAAAUCCUCCCGUAAAUUCAGUAGACCCCACCAAAAUAUGUCCUAAAAUACCCCCAUUCUUCCGGGGCCUCAGGAGCUCUCAAAACAAAAACACCAAUCCCCCUCUCAUCCCCUCUCUGUCCUUAACCGGACCAACGCCAUCCUCACCAACAAAUUUUUGAACAUUCCUCCCCCAAAAAGAUCCCCAUAUAUCUGCACAUUAACCCCAAUUUACCCCGAAAGUUUCGUCUAUGAAUUUAUAACAAGGGGGAGAUCUGCUGCAGGACGACCGUCUAAGACAUGAGCUGUUUUUCUUGCUUUUCGUCGAAUGAGAGAAGAGCAUCGAAGAAGUAUGGAUCGAGGAGAGAGUACGCGUCCAUAUCUGCGCCUGCACCCGUUGUUGUAUCCGCUAGGAGCUCCGAAGCAAUGCUGAAGAGCUCACAGAAUCCAGCAACUAAAAAGGAAGCUGAAAAUGGAAAUAUUGCAGCACAAACAUUUACAUUCAGAGAGCUCGCUGCAGCCACCAAGAAUUUCCGGUCUGAGUGUCUUUUGGGUGAAGGAGGGUUUGGACGGGUUUAUAAGGGCCAACUCGAGUCUGGCCAGCUUGCAGCCGUCAAGCAACUUGACAGAAAUGGGUUUCAAGGCAACAGGGAGUUCCUUGUUGAGGUUCUGAUGCUCAGUCUCCUCCAUCAUCAAAAUCUUGUGAAUCUUAUAGGAUACUGCGCAGAUGGAGAGCAGAGGCUCUUAGUCUACGAGUUCAUGGCUUUAGGUGCCUUAGAAGAUCAUUUACUUGACAUCCCAGAUGGUCAAACUCCCCUAAGCUGGUCCAUCAGAAUGAAAAUAGCUUUCGGAGCAGCCAAAGGUCUUGAAUAUUUACAUGACAAAGCAAACCCCCCUGUAAUAUACAGAGAUCUCAAAUCAUCAAACAUUUUGCUUGAUGAAGAGUACAACCCAAAGCUUUCAGAUUUUGGGCUAGCAAAGCUUGGUCCUAUGGGGGAAAACGUGCACGUUUCCUCCAGGGUCAUGGGGACCUAUGGCUAUUGUGCGCCGGAGUAUGCAAGGACUGGCCAGCUCACUUUCAAGUCAGAUGUGUACAGUUUUGGUGUUGUUCUGCUUGAGCUUGUAACGGGGAGGAGAGUAAUUGAUACUCAGAGGAAUAUUUAUGAACAGAAUUUGGUGACAUGGGCACAACCGAUGUUCAAGGAUCAAAAACGAUACAAAGAGCUCGUCGACCCCCUACUCAAGGGAGACUACCCGACGAAAGGUCUUAACCAAGCACUUGCAGUAGCAGCAAUGUGUCUACAAGAAGACGCAGAAACGAGGCCGAUGAUGACCGAUGUGGUUACAGCGCUGAGUUUCCUUUUGUCGCCGAGUGCCGAAGAGAGCUCAGCUCAGUCUGCAACACGCCAAGAUAGUAAGCACAGUGAUCGGAGUACAUUGGAUAAGCAUACGGCUGAUGAUCGCCAGCGUGCAGUGCAGGAGGCAAUCGAGUGGGGUGCGAGCUCAAGAAGCCAUCAGAUGUUCAAAUGUGAUGAUGAUCAGAGAGACUCGUUCUAAAAACAAAGCAAACAACCGAAAUAACUUGUUUCUCG